AUGGGGAAGUUAUAUUAAUCGAGUUUUCUGACCAAAAUAUGGAGAAUAACCUUAUUGAUCUAAACGAAUAUUACAAUUCAGAUUAUUCUGAGACAGAGUCUGAAUCUAGUGAUUCUGAAACAGAGUUUGAAUCUAGUGAUUCUGAAGCAGUGGAUGUACCUCUCCCGGUUAUAAGUGGAAUGAUACAAGAUAAUAGCGGAGCUAGUGUCGAGACACAUAAUAUCGAUUUUAUUCCUAAUCAUUCAUCGUGGGUUAUAAACAAUUGCACCCACUAG